AUGUGCAAACACCAGUACAGCGCAGACGUAGUAAACGCCGGCAUGGAUGUCUCGAAGGGCCGUGAGGUGCUGCCAAAGAACGUGAAGCCGAUACAUUACAAUCUGACACUGGAGCCGAACCUGGAGAGCUUUGAGUAUCAGGGCGAAGUGGCCAUAGAACUAGAUGUGAUCGAAGACACGACGUCAAUUUCCCUGAAUACCCUCCAGCUCAAGAUCAACUCGACGAAGGUACAUUCCGGCUCGACUCUGAUUACCUCUGAGCCGGACAUUUCCUACAAUGAAGACACCCAGACCACCAAGAUAUCGUUCAAGGACACCAUCCCCGCAGGGAGCAAAGCUACGCUUACGCAGACGUUCACCGGCACGCUGAACGACAACAUGGCAGGCUUCUAUCGGUCGUCAUACAAAGGGGAGGAUGGGUCGACCCGUUACCUAGCAACCACCCAGAUGGAGCCCACGGACGCCAGACGAGCAUUCCCCUGCUUCGAUGAGCCAGCGCUGAAGGCCCACUUCACGAUUACCCUCAUCGCAGACAAGCAGAUGACGUGCCUGAGCAACAUGGACCCCGUGUCCGAGAAGGAGGUCGACUCGCAGAUGAGUAAAGGGAAGAAGAAAGCGGUCACAUUCAGCAAGACGCCGCUGAUGUCAACCUACCUACUGGCCUUCAUCGUCGGUGAACUGAAGUGCAUCGAGACCAACGACUUCCGCGUGCCGGUUAGAGUGUUUGCGACCCCUGACCGAGACAUCGAACACGGCAGAUUCUCCCUCGACCUGGCUGCACGGACGCUCGAGUUCUACGAGAAGAAAUUCAAUAGCGAGUUCCCGCUACCCAAAAUGGACAUGGUUGCCAUACCGGAUUUUAGUGCCGGAGCGAUGGAGAACUGGGGCCUGAUCACCUACCGCGUUGUUGACCUGCUAUUCGACGAGAAGACCAGCGGAGCAUCGACGAAGCAGAGAGUAGCUGAAGUUGUGCAGCACGAGUUGGCGCAUCAGUGGUUUGGCAACCUUGUGACGAUGGACUUCUGGGACGGCUUGUGGUUAAACGAGGGCUUUGCGACUUGGAUGUCCUGGUAUUCUUGCAAUGCGUUCUACCCGGAAUGGAAAGUGUGGCAAGGCUACGUUACGGACAACUUGCAGAGCGCGUUGUCCCUGGACUCGCUCCGCAGCAGUCACCCCAUCGAGGUCCCGGUCAAGCGCGCGGAUGAGAUCAACCAAAUCUUCGAUGCGAUCUCGUACUCUAAGGGCUCAUGCGUGCUCCGCAUGAUAUCCAAGUAUCUAGGAGAGGAGACUUUCAUGGAGGGCAUCAGGCGAUACCUCAAGAAGCACGCGUACGGUAACACGCAAACAAGCGACCUUUGGGCCGCCUUGAGCGACGCCAGCGGAAAGGACGUGGAGAAGGUCAUGGACAUCUGGACGAAGAACGUCGGAUAUCCGGUGGUGACGGUCACGGAAGACGAGAAAUCCAGCUCAAUCCACGUCAAGCAGAACCGGUUUCUCCGGACCGCAGACGUCAAACCGGAAGAGGACAAGACUUUGUUCCCAGUGAUCCUGGGUCUGCGGACCAAGGAGGGUGUAAACGAGGAUCUCAGGCUAGACAAGCGAGAGUCAGACUUCAAGGUCAAGGAUCUCGACUUCUUCAAGCUCAAUGCGGAUCAUUCGGGCAUCUACCGCACCUCAUACACUCCUGAGCGGUUGCAGAAGCUUGGCGACGCCGCAAAGACAGGGCUGCUCACUGUGGAGGACCGGGCUGGCAUGAUCGCCGAUGCCGGUGCGCUUGCUGCUUCCGGCUACCAGAAGACUUCCGGCAUCCUGUCGUUGCUGCAAGGCUUCAAGUCCGAACCAGAGUUCGUCGUAUGGGACGAACUCACCGCCCGCAUAGGAUCUCUGCGUGCGGCCUGGAUCUUCGAGCCCGAAGAGGUGAAGGAUGCCCUGAAGCGGUUCCAACUCGACCUCGUCGGACCUAAAGCGCAUGAGCUUGGUUGGGAGUUUAGAGACAGCGACGGCCACGUCGAACAGCAGUUCAAGUCUCUCCUCUUCGGCAGCGCCGGUCUCGCGAACGAUUCCGAGGUUCAGAAAGCCGCGUUCAACAUGUUCGACAAGUUCAAGCAGGGCGACAGGUCGGCCAUCCAUCCCAAUCUUCGCGCCAGCAUCUACGCCAUUGUGUUGACGAACGGCGGAGAGGCCGAGUAUGACGCCAUCCUAAACGAAUACCGCACCGCCACUACCAGCGACGAGCGCAACACCGCCCUCCGCGCCAUCGGCCGCGCCAAGCAGCUGGAGCUAAUCCAACGCACCCUAACGCUCCCGCUCAGCGAUGAGGUGAAGGGCCAAGACAUCUACCUCCCGCUCGGCGGGCUGCGGACGCACAAAGACGGCAUCGACGCGCUCUGGGCCUGGAUGAAAGAGAAUUGGGACGCACUCGAGAAGAAGCUGCCGCCUGGCCUUACGAUGCUGGGGAGCGUGGUGAGCAUUUGUACGAGCGGGUUUACGAGCAAGGAGCAGGCGGAAGAGAUUGAGGAGUUCUUCAAGAAGAAGAGCACCAAGGGGUUUGAUCAGAGUCUUGCGCAGAGUUUGGAGGCGAUUAAGGCGAAGGCGAAGUGGAUUGAGCGGGAUAGGGAGGAUGUGAGGGGGUGGUUGCAGGAGCAUGGGUAUUUGAAGUGA